AUUAGGGGGUAUGUAACAAAGUGAUGUAACGAUGAACGCUAUAGUAAUAGUACUUUGUUAUUAGGUACACCCACUUAGUGUGGGUGUACAUAGUUGACUUCCUAUUUAUGAUGUUGUGCGCAUGCGUGGAGAGAGUCUUGCCAUGUGGAAAAUGAACGUUAAUGAUCAAGAGUGAUUGAGCUAUUUAACAGUGGAGGUCCUGCCGAGACUAACCUUACACACAAGGAUAUUAGCUUCUAGAGCUAAGUAACAAGAUGGCAGACGACUCAGAGAGCCUGAUCACGGAAAUCGUCGAGGAGACGACUGGAGACGAAGGGCUAUUGCCAAGUGCUAGACCUCGAGGGAGACUGUACUCGUUGAACUCCUCGAGGCUCCCGACUGACGUCAUCAAACGCAUAGCCGUGGAGCUGAGGCUACCUGGGACUGCCUCGAGGGCAGACACCUACCCUAUGCUGGAGGGCAAGCUGGAAGGGUUGGGACACGAACCAAGGAACGUUCAAGUGAGGCUGGAUGAAGACUCCAUUGAGCUGAUGGAUGCUGAAGGAGGAGUGUUUCUGCAGAUAGAAGUCCCUGCUGAAGAGGAUCCUGCCGAAGAGGAUGGACACGAAGGAAGCGGAGACCUGCGCGCUCAACUAGACGAAGCCUGCUCUCUGAACGAGUGCCUUCGGAGAGAGGUGAGUGAACUUAAGAUACGGCUUGCUAAAGCCAACACUAAGGUCAAGGAACUGUGGGGCCAACAAUGUACAUUGUUGGUCGAGUUUGAUGAACAAUUAGCCGAAGCAGAGGCUAAGAUUGAGCAUCUUAGGGCUGCUGGUACAGGCAGUCCCCCUAGCAUAACCGGAGAACAGAGAAAGAGAAUCCCCCACUGUAUCGGACAUAUUUACUGAGCAACCCCGUAGAAGUAACGCCCAUAGACGAGGCAAGGCCCCACCAGUGGAACCAUUUACUGGGGAGAAUGAAGCCAUUAGGUUUGACGACUGGGUCCCUUCGCUAGAACGUGCAGCCACAUGGAAUGAAUGGGCGGAAGGCGACCGCCUACUCCAGUUGGCAGGCCACUUACGAAGUAGAGCCCUGCAGGAGUGGGAGCUAAUCAGCGACAGUAAUAAGACAACUUACUCACUAGCUGUAAAAACUUUGAAGUGUAGACUGGAUCCAGGCAGUAAAACUCUAGCAGCACAGGAUUUUCGCCACACGGUCCAGUCAGAAACAGAAAGUGUCGGAGACUUUAUACGCAGACUAGAACGGAUUUUCCGCAUAGCUUAUGGGCGGGAUGGUAUCAAUGCAGAGGCCAGAGAUGCCCUGUUGUACGGUCAACUACAUGAGGGGUUGCGUUAUGAAAUAAUGAGAGCACCAGGCGUAUCUGGCGUUGACUCCUACUCAGCCUUAUGCAUUGCAGCAAAGAGUGAGGAGCGUAGGCUCCAGGAAUUGAGGAAGAGGCAACAGUAUCAGAAGCCAC